UCUGCUACAGCAGAAAAGAGACAAAAAGAAGAAAACGUGGCCGAAGAUGCUACGACCAAUUGAUGCUGUGAAGAAAGGAGGAUGAAGUGGGAUUAAGGGAAGACUGCUGAUGAAAUUUGGUGACUAAAACGUGCCAUUUGGCUUCCAACCAAGUGAUGGCGGGAGAAGCGUCAGCUCUUCAUCCUGAUGAGGAUGAGAAAGGAGACGUUACAGUGGAAACGCCAAAGGGGCCUGUCUACUGUGUCUGCAGAAGACCUGAUAUCAACUGCUUCAUGAUUGGCUGCGACGGCUGUGCAGAGUGGUUCCAUGGUGGUUGUGUGGGCGUGUCCGAGAAGGCGGCCAAAGCCAUCCGAGUGUGGUUCUGUCCAUCUUGUCGAGACGGUGACCCAUCUCUGGAGAUUAAGUAUCGUCAGAAGAAGACAAAGGCGUCUGAGGCCGAGGAGGACGGGAGCUCACCCUUUCAGUCCAUGAGCGACAGCAGGCGUAGCGCACAACAAAUCAAACGGUCUGCUCGCAUGUGCGGCGAGUGUGAGGCCUGUUUGAGGACACAAGACUGCGCCACUUGCGAUUUUUGCAAAGACAUGAAGAAGUUUGGAGGACCUAACAAGAUACGCCAGAAGUGUCGACUGAGGCAGUGCCAGUUCCGUGCACGAAUGUGGCAUGUUCCUGGUGUGGAGCAGAAGAUGCUUCGCAACAAAGAAGAGGAGAUGAAUCGACGCAAUGCAAUGAGGCGACGGGAGCGCUACAGGAAACACGGCGGGGAUCUUACAGAGGAGGAAGAGGAGGAAGAUGUGUUCAGUGAAAGUGAGAUAGAGCUCUACCAGCAGUACAAAGCUGCUGGAUUCAGCGACCUGCUUUGGCACAGUGGAGAGGAGGAAGAGGAGGAGGAGGAGGAGUCACUCAGAAAGAAGGCGGUGAAGGUGAAACAUGUGAAGAGACGAGAGAAGAAGCCAGAGAAGAAGAAAUCCCUCUCCGCUCCCAAAGAGGAGGUGCGGCGUCACAAGGCAAAGCAGCGACACAGGGGACGCGUGCGACACAGUGAAAGAGGAGGAGGUGGAGGAGGUGGAGGAGGUGGUGGAGGAGGAGGAGGAGGAGAGGUUGACGCAAAGGAGCUCGGCAGUACUCUGCGCCAGUGUCUCGGGCCUGGCUGUGUCCAACCGGCAAGGACCUCCUCUAAGUACUGCUCAGACAAUUGUGGCAUGAAGCUCGCGGCCAACCGCAUCUAUGAAAUCGUCCCUCAGAGAAUCCAGCAAUGGCAGCAAAGCCCCUGCGUUGCCGAGGAGAUGGGGCGGAGACAGUUGGAGCGAAUCAGGAAGGAGCAGCAGGCCACCAGGCUGCGCCUCACUCUGAUGGAAAAGCGCUUCCACGAGCUGGAAGGCAUCAUUGCUAACUCGAAACUUAACCAGGUGCAACAUGACGAGGAGGCCAACGAAGGCGAUGGCGAUGACACAGACCUUCAAAUUUUCUGCGUGUCCUGCAGCCAUCCAGUCAACCCCAAGGUAGCACUUAGACACAUGGAGAGGUGUUACGCAAAGUACGAAAGUCAGACUUCCUUUGGAUCCAUGUACCCUACGCGGAUUGAAGGAGCUACGCGUCUGUUCUGCGACGUCUAUAAUCCUCACAGCAAGACCUACUGCAAGCGACUGCAGGUGUUAUGUCCGGAACAUUCCAGAGAUCCAAAGGUGGCAGUGGAUGAGGUGUGCGGCUGCCCUCUCGUCAAAGACGUCUUUGAACCCACCGGCGAGUUCUGUCGGGUCUCCAAGAGAAAGUGCAACAAACACUACUGCUGGGAGAAGCUCCGGCGUGCCGAGGUGGACCUGGAGAGAGUCCGAGUGUGGUACAAACUGGACGAGCUGUUUGAGCAGGAGAGGAACCUGCGGGCCGCCAUGACCAACCGUGCGGGUUUGCUGGCUCUCAUGCUCCACCAAACUAUCCAACAUGACCCGGUAACCACCGACCUGCGCUCUGCCAAAGACCGCUAGAGACG